UGUGUGUGUGCGCGCGCGCGCGCACCUAGCCACUCAGUCGUGUCUGACUCUGCCACCCCAUGAACUGUAGCCCGCCAGGCUCCUUUGUCCAUGGGAUUCUCCAGGCAAGAAUACUGUUACCACGCCCUCCUCCAGAGGAUCUUCCUCACCAGGGAUCGGACCCAGAUCUCCCGCUUUGCAGGAGGAUUCUUUAUUGCCUGAGCCACCCAUUACUUUUCUUUAAAAAGUAAUGGAGUUGUUUUGGGAAGAGGUGAUACAAAUAAAAGUCUUAGCCGGUUCCUGGCAAAUAGUGAGUGCUGAUUUCUCCUUGCUGUUAAUUUCUGAAAGAACGGUCAGGUGCCCGGGUUAGCAUCAGAAAUCCACUUUCAGUGACCCUUACCCUUCUUUCUAUGUCUGUGCCACACUGGGUCAUCCUGCACCCCUUCUGACUUGGAAGAGAAGGUUCCAGACUGCUCGGAGGGAAGGGAGGCCUUAACUUUUAACGAAGAUGAGGGCUCUGUCCUGGCAUUUCCUAGCAUUCUCUCUUUCCCCAGCGUGACCUCAAAAAGAACUACAGGAGGUAGGAGUGCUCCUGGUCUACUAACUGCAAAGCUCCACACUCUCAGAACUUGCUCAGACAAUUCUGACCUCCUAGAACCUGUAUAACUCAGGACGGUGCCCAUCCCUAGGCAUAGGAGGAAACAUGACCACACUCAAGGAGGCAGUGACCUUCAUGGAUGUGGCUGUGACCUUCACGGAGGAGGAGUUGGGGCUGCUGGACUUGGCCCAGAAGAAGCUGUACCAGGAUGUGAUGCUGGAGAACUUCCGGAAUCUGGUCUCAGUGGGGUGUUACCGCUUCAGAUAUCACAUAUUCCACUUAGAAAAGGAAAAAAGGCUUUGGGUGGUGAAGACAGCAACUCAAAGAGAAGGGAAGUCAGAAGAAAAGAUCCAAAGUGAGAUGGAGACUAUUUCAGAAGUAGGACCACAUGAAGAGCUUUCCUGCUGGCAGAUCUGGCGACACAUUGCAAGUGACUUAACCAGGUGUCAAGACUCCAGGAUAAAACGUUCUGAAUUCCACCAACAACAUGACUCACCUGGCCAGAAUGGGGCCAGACUAUCUGUAAUUCACACUAGCCAGACACCUUCUCAGUGUAAUGAAUGUACAAAAUCUUUCGGUGAUCUCUCCAACUUUGAUCUUCAUCAACAAAUACACUCAGGAGAGAAGUCUCAUACAUGUUGUGAGUGUGGAAAAAGCUUCUGUUACAGCUCAGCACUUCGCAUUCAUCAGAGAGUUCACUCGGGAGAGAAACGCUAUAAGUGUGAUAAGUGUGGCAAGGAAUUCAGCCAGAGUUCACAGCUGCAAAUUCAUCAGAAAGUCCACACUGUAGAGAAGCCAUUCAGAUGUGAGCAGUGUGGGAAAGGCUUCAGUCGUAGAUCAACACUUACUGUUCAUUGUAAAUUACACACGGGAGAAAAACCUCACAAUUGUGACAAAUGUGGAAGGGCCUUCAUUCAUGCAUCACAUCUUCAGGAACAUCAGAGAAUCCACACUGGGGAGAAACCAUUCAAAUGUGAUAUAUGUAGUAAGAACUUCCGCCGCAGAUCAGCACUUAACAGUCAUUGUAUGGUCCACACUGGAGAGAAACCAUACAAAUGUGAGGAGUGUGGGAAGUGUUUCACUUGUAGCUCAAAUCUGCAUAUCCACCAGAGGGUCCACACAGGAGAGAAGCCUUAUAAAUGUGAGGAGUGCGGUAAAUGUUUCAUUCAACCUUCACAAUUUCAGGCCCAUCGGAGAAUUCACACGGGAGAGAAACCAUAUGUAUGUAAAGUAUGUGGUAAGGGCUUCAUUUACAGUUCAAGUUUUCAAGCCCAUCAGGGAGUCCACACAGGAGAGAAACCAUACAGAUGUGAUGAGUGUGGGAAGAACUUCAGGAUGAAAAUCCAUUAUCAAGUUCAUCUUGUCGUCCACACAGGAGAAAAACCCUAUAAAUGUGAGGUAUGUGGGAAAGGCUUUCGUCAGAGUUCAUAUCUUAAAAUCCAUCAGAAGGCCCACAGUGUAGAGAAACCCUACAAGUGCGAAGAGUGUGGGCAGGGCUUCAAUCAGAAUUCACGACUUCAGAUCCACCAGCUGAUCCAUACUGGUGAGAAACCAUACAAAUGUGAAGAGUGUGGGAAGGGAUUUAGUCGUAGAGCUGAUCUUAAAAUUCACUGCAGAAUCCACACUGGAGAGAAACCGUACAAUUGUGAGGAGUGUGGAAAAGUCUUUAGUCAGGCAUCUCAUCUUCUGACCCAUCAGAGAGUCCACAGUGGAGAAAAGCCAUUCAAAUGUGAGGAAUGUGGCAAGAGCUUCAGUCGGAGUUCACACCUUCAAGCCCACCAAAAAGUCCACACUGGAGAAAAGCCAUACAAAUGUGAGGAGUGUGGGAAGGGCUUUAAGUGGAGCCUGAACCUCGACAUGCAUCAGAGGGUCCACACAGGAGAGAAACCAUAUAAGUGUGGGGAGUGUGGGAAGCACUUCAGUCAGGCCUCAAGUCUUCAGCUUCAUCAGAGUGUCCACACUGGAGAGAAGCCCUACAGAUGUGAUGUGUGUAGUAAAGUCUUCAGUCGGUCUUCACAGCUUCAGUAUCACAGGCGAGUUCACACAGGGGAGAAACCUUACAAGUGUGACACGUGUGGUAAGAGCUUCAGUUGGCGUUCCAAUCUUGUAAGUCAUCACAAAAUUCAUACUGGAGAUAUAUUUUAUGAAAGUGAUGAGAGUGGUAAGAACAUCAGGGAACUGUCAGAGGAAAGAAGUUCCACAAAAUGAUUGUUUCAAAAAACUCAUGUGCAACCCUGAGUUCUUGCAAGUGUCAGGUCUCAUAGGAGGGAAGGUAUUGGGUGUUGAAGCAGUAGCUGAACAUAUCCCAGUGUUCACCAGACCACACAGCAGAAACCUCCUCUGAGUGGUGCAGUAAGGGUUGCAUUCAGAACUUUGACAUUUGUUAGAUACCAGUUAGGGAGAUAGCACUUAGAGAGGAAGAGUUUGGCCUUGCCUUUAAUGAAAGUGUAAGGAUGGGCUUGUCAAAACUGAUGUCCAAGAGAAUGUGAGCUCCCUGAGGGCAGGGACUUGGAUGUUGAAUUUACACAACCUUAACAUCGACUCUUGCUUGUAUGUGUGCUCAGUUCAUGUAUGUUAAAUAAACCAAAAGGGGGAAA